UCCGUUCUGCGAACUUCCGCCUUUCACAUGUGUUUACUAAAAUGUGGACAACUUACCGGUAGCUCAACAGACAUUCUUCGCUUUUUCUAACUAACGAUUUUUUUAACCGAUCAAAACAUGGGCAAGCUGAAUGUUGUGAUACUGAGAUACCUAUCUCGAGAUGACUUCCGUGUCCUAACCGCUGUGGAGAUGGGAAUGAAGAACCAUGAGAUUGUUCCUGUGAGUCUGCUGUCCUCCAUUGCGAGCCUCAAACACGGCGGCUGCAACAAGAUUCUCAGAGAACUUGUAAAACACAAACUUGUGGUCUAUGAACGCACCAAGACUGUGCAGGGCUACAGGUUGAACUAUGGAGGAUACGACUACUUGGCUCUAAAGACUUUAUGCUCAAGAGAAGUGAUAUUGUCAGUCGGCAAUCAGAUGGGUGUUGGAAAGGAAUCAGAUAUAUAUAUCGUUGCAAGUCCAAACGGGGAGCAGUAUGCUCUGAAGCUGCACAGGCUUGGCCGGACCUCCUUCAGGAACCUAAAAAACAAAAGAGAUUACCACAAACACAGGAAGAACAUGUCCUGGCUUUACCUGUCCCGCCUCUCUGCCAUGAAAGAGUUUGCCUAUAUGAAGGCACUGUAUGACCGAGGCUUUCCUGUUCCCAAACCUGUGGACUAUAACAGACACGCUGUGGUGAUGGAGCUCAUCAAUGGAUAUCCUCUGUGUCAGGUGCAUAAGUUGCAGGAUCCACCGGCUCUGUACAGCGAGUUCAUGGAGCUCAUAGUCAAGCUAGCCAACCACGGCCUGAUUCACGGAGACUUCAACGAGUUCAACCUCAUGCUGGACGACCAGGACCACAUAACCAUGAUCGACUUUCCUCAGAUGGUGUCUACGUCGCACCUUAAUGCUGAAUGGUAUUUUGACCGCGACGUCAGUUGCAUCAGAAAUUUCUUUGCAAAGAGGUUCAAUUUUGAAAGCGAGCUCUUCCCAACCUUCAAGGACAUCAGACGGGCUCAUUCUGUAGACGUAGAGGUUUCAGCCAGCGGCUUCACUAAAGAUCUGCAGAAUGAUGGUGACUUACUGCACCCGGCUGGACCUGAGGAGGAUAGUGAUGAGGAGGAGGAGGAGGACGACGAAGAGGAGGAUGAGGAGGACGACGACGACGAAGAGGAGGAGGACGAAGAGCCAACGGACAAGGAGGACGAAAAAGAGGAGACCCGUGUGGACAUGGAGGAAUACAGACAUGCGAUGCUGGAACUGGAGGGAUUGAAAGUCAGCGAAACGCAUGCAGACACACAAGAUGAGGGGGAAGAAAAGACUGAGGUGGCUCUCACAGAUGGAGGCGAUGACAAAACAGAGGAGCUAGAAGAAGAGCUGAGGGAGGCAGAGGAAGAGUGCCCAGAGCUGACGGAUAUCUCUGCCGCCAACAAAGAGUUCAAACCUUUCAGAAACUCAGACAGCCUUCAGCACGUUGCAGAACACAGGAGGAGGAGGACAGACAGCGAGGCCACCACGGGUAGCACAGCGAGCUUCUCCACCGUAAGUCUGCCUCUCUCCUGUCUGCGUGAGGAAGUCCGUCAGAAAGUGCGGACGCAGCUCACCAAACAGCAGAAGGCAGCACAGAGGAGACGUCUGCAGAAGGGGGAGGCCAAUUUGGUGACCAAAUCCAGGAGGGAAAACCAAAAUAACAUCAAGUCCAGCAUGGAGAGCGCCAACUUCUGGGGAUGA